CUAAAAUUCAAAUAUCUAAAAAUAGAGUUAUCAAAAAAAAAAAAAAAAAAACUUGAAAAAAUAUUGAUCAAGAGAGAAUCCACAAAGGAGAUAAAAGGAAACAGAGUGACAGAGAAAUUUUUAUAUACAAGGUAUUCCAUUUUUUUCAAUUUCACCUUAGCUUUAGUUUUGAUUAAAGAAAUCAUUGAAUCUGUCCGGAAUUUUUACGUCGAUUUUGGUCAAAGUAUCCAAAAUCGGUUGACCAGAUCAGGUAGGAUCCCACUCCCACACCCACACCCACACCCACACCCACACCCACACCCGUGUCGUGUCGACACGGGUGCGGCACCGAAAGUGAAGAGUCCGAGUAACAUAGCCGAAAACUGAUAUUGAGCAGAGUACUGUGGUUUCUGAUUAUACUCAAAUGAAUAGGAUUUUGAAAGAAGAGGGGAAUUACAUUUUGGGUAUGUUAAAGAAGAUUAAGGCUACGGGGUGUAAUGUAUUGUUGAUUCAGAAGAGUAUUCUGAGGGAUGCUGUGACUGAAUUGUCUCUGCAUUAUUUGUCAAAGGCGAAGAUUAUGCUGAUUAAAGAUGUUGAGAGGGAUGAGAUUGAGUUCAUUACCAAGACCUUGAAUUGUUUGCCUAUUGCUAAUAUUGAUCAUUUCAGAGCAGAGAAACUUGGGUUUGCGGAUUUGGUUGAAGAGAUAUCUCUUGGUGAUGGUAGAAAGAUUGUGAAGAUCACAAGGAUUCAGGACAUGGGUAGGACUACUUCGUUAGUUUGAAUCUGUCCGGUGCUGGUUCGUGGGUCGAACCAGUUGGUUCUUGAUGAGGCUGAGAGGAGUUUGCAUGAUGCGUUGUGUGUUGUAAGGUGUUUGGUGAACAAGAGGCUUUUGAUUGCAGGUGGUGGGGCACCUGAGAUUGAGCUUUCUAGGCAGUUGGGUCAUUGUGUGAAGUCUUUUGCUGAAGCACUCGAAGUCGUCACCUAUACUUUGGCUGAGAAUACUGGUUUGAACCCAAUUGCAAUUGUGACUGAGUUGAGGAACAGGCACGCACAGGGCGAGAUCAACAUAGGGAUCAACGUGAGGAAGGGACAGGUCACUAACAUUUUGGAGGAGAAUGUGGUGCAGCCAUUGCUGGUGAGCACAAGUGCAAUUAGCUUGGCUACCGAAUGUGUACGGAUGAUUUUGAAGAUUGACGACAUUGUUACGGUGAUGUAGAGUGACAUCAUGUGAAGUUGCUGAAAAAAUUAGAAAUGUUGUCAUAUCUUUGGUUUUUGACUUGUGUGCUUCAAGAAUUAGUGGUCCUCUAGUUCUUUUCUAUUUCGGAUUAUAUGCUAACUUUUCAAUUUGUCGUUUUUGCUUAGCUAAUUUUUACUCGUUUUGUUUUCUCACUUGAAUUCUUAGUUUUGAGUGCGCAGGCUCUUCUUCAUAUGCCUUUUGAUUGGUUGACAGGGUGCAGUAUGUAACAUGUGGAUCACUAUCCAUUUAUCAAUAUUUUUGUCAGAUACUCUUUAGUUGGUGAAUUUUGUUUUUGCCAGCAAUUUAUGUGCCAAUUAAUAACUAAUGGUGCUUCCUGUUUUAAAUUUUUCUACACGAUGUGCUUCUUGCACUUUGCUUAUCCUAUGAGCCACCAAGAGAGCUUGCUAUCUCUUUUACA